GGACAGCGCCCUCCCCGGAGACGCUGCCCUUGCGGCGCCGCUGGCCGGAGCCUACUCCUCGGAGGAGACCCCGCUACCGCGGCGCCCCGGUGACUGCGAACCGCCGCAGCCUCCCCGAGGGCACGUCUAGAGCCGGCCCGGGGCGGGGCGCCCGCCGCCUUCCUUAGGGCUUGCCUGAGACCCGCCCGCGGCCGGGCCCAAGCGCCUCGGAGGAGGCUUGUCCCCGCUCGCUCGCCGUACCGCGCGGCCCCGCGGAGGGCAGGGCGCGCGGCCGACAUGGGCGAGACCAUGUCCCGGAGGCUUAAGUUGCAGUUGGGCGGGGACGCGGAUAUGGAAGAGCGGGCGUUCCCCAACCCCUUCCCGGACUACGAGAUCGCCGCCGCUGUGCCGGCCGAGGAGCCGCCACGUGCUCGCUCCCAGCUCACUCCCGACGAGCUCGGCCUCCCCUUCCACAGCGAUGGGAAGAUUAUUAAUAAUUUCACAAGGCGGAUCCAGACCAAAAUCAAAGACCUUCUACAGCAAAUGGAAGAAGGGCUGAAGACAGCGGAUCCACAUGAUUGCUCUGCGUAUACUGGUUGGACAGGCAUAGCCCUUUUGUACCUGCAGUUGUAUCGGGUCACAUGUGACCAGACCUAUCUGCUCAGAUCCCUGGAUUACGUAAAGAGAACACUUCGGAAUCUGAAUGGCCGGAGGGUCACUUUCCUCUGUGGAGAUGCUGGGCCCUUGGCCGUUGGAGCUGUGGUAUAUCAUAAACUCAGAAGUGAUUACGAGUCCCAGGAAUGCAUCACAAAACUUUUGCAGCUCCAGAGAGCCAUCGUCUGCCGAGAUUCAGACCUUCCCGACGAGCUGCUUCAGGGCCGGGCAGGCUAUCUGUACGCCUUACUCUACGUGAGCACGGAGAUGGGGCCGGGCGCCGUGUGUGGGUCAGCUGUCAAAGAGGUAGUCGACGCUAUUAUUGAAUCGGGCAAGGCUUUGUCAAGGGAAGAAAAGAAGGCUGAGCGCUGUCCCCUGUUGUAUCAGUGGCACAGGAAGCAGUAUGUUGGAGCCGCCCAUGGCAUGGCCGGAAUCUACUACAUGUUAAUGCAGCCAGCAGCAAAAGUGGACCAAGAAACCUUGACAGAAAUGGUGAAACCUAGUAUUGACUAUAUGCGCCACAAAAGAUUCCGAUCUGGGAAUUAUCCGUCAUCCCUAAGCAAUGAGACAGACCGACUGGUGCACUGGUGUCACGGGGCCCCCGGUGUCAUCCACAUGCUCAUGCAGGCGUACAAGGUGUUUAAGGAGGAGAAGUACUUGAAGGAGGCCAUGGAGUGCAGCGAUGUGAUUUGGCAGCGAGGUCUGCUGCGGAAGGGCUAUGGGAUCUGCCAUGGGACCGCUGGCAACGGCUACUCUUUCCUUUCCCUUUACCACCUCACGCGGGACAAGAAGUACCUCUACCGCGCUUGCAAGUUUGCAGAAUGGUGCCUAGAAUAUGGAACACAUGGUUGCCGCAUUCCUGACAGACCCUAUUCUCUCUUUGAAGGUAUGGCUGGCACUGUUCACUUCCUCUCCGACAUCCUGGCCCCAGAGGCAUCACGGUUUCCAGCAUUUGAACUCGGCUCUCCACAGAGGGAUACAAAGGUGCAAAAAGACGACUGAGAGAUCCAACUGGACCAGAAGCCACCGGGUUGCUUAAUGCCUGACACGGAACCAAGUGUGAAUCCUGAAAGAGGGAGAAAAAGGAGAAGCAGGCACCCUCCCAGACCCCCUGUGUCCGAGUGUGAUGACAGACCAUCCCGUCAGCGUUCUGUAACAGUGUCCCCUCACUGGUGUAAAAUAUGAAUUCCUCGUGUCCAGUUCUCUGUAGUGUGUGCAUGUCUCUUGGUGUUCGCUGUCUGUAGGUGUAGGUUCUAAACGGAAGCCCUUCUCUGUCCAUGAGCCCGAGCUGGCUGUGCAUGAGGGCACGCGGCAGCCUCUUCUCUGUACAUAAUAUUUAAAGUGGGGUGUUUUCUGUACUGACAAACAGGAAAUAGGCAGGUGGUGUCCGUCCUAUGUAACAGAAUAUUCUCCGCAGUGAUGUCCCAGUCGUAAGACUUUCCAGCAUUUUCUGUGGGUACCUUUCAGAUCAGCAUGAGAGAAAGACCACUCCAGAAAUGAAAAGAAAUAGAACAGGUAGAGGGGGUUUGCUGGAGUAGGGGGUGGUGAGCCUUUCCACCAGGUAGUCGAAUGCUCCCUCUUUGUGUUUUGUGCUCACCUCAGUGUUUUUAAGAAGCCAAAGGGGGUGCAUUGCAGCUCUGCUGGGGCUCCCAUUCUCAGGCUCUUCGUGUGAAGUUCCGGACCCUCCUCGCAAUCCAAGGCAGCCCGUGCCCUGGGGGGUGGACUCAUGACACCAGGGCCACUCGAGGGAACCGUGUUCGUGGCCACAUUGUAAAUCAUGUAGCAGCGACUGAGGGCUGGCAAGUCUAGAUUCAGUGUGUAUUAUUAAAGCAGGCUGCACCUCGGUUCUAUCAACGUUAUAACUUAGUGUUAUAAGUGCAGUGGAUACAAUUCCAGAUGCAUAAUAAGCAGAAAGAUAUUCAUCUCUUCCAUGUCCCUCCAAUUAAACUUACUCCCAAACUUGGUAAGUUAUCCAAGUACAAAUUGGAAUGAAUUUAGUCCUUAUUUUUGUCUACUGUUUGGUUGAUAAAAGUCUCACCUUUGAUGAAAUGUAUUAAGCAUAAAGUACUAGUCUGCAUUUAUGCAUAUGGAAAGCAGUCUUCUAACCAAGAAAAUUACGAUUCUGUCUGACAACUUUUAUUUUAAAACUGGGCAUUACUUUGGGUUAGCAUACUCUCAGUAAUUAUACCCUGUACAUCUGUUUCUAGGAGAGUUUUGCUGUCAUGGUGUGAGUGGUCUAGGACUGUACAGACUUCUCAUGAGCUAAGCCAGUUCAUAAAAGACUAGAUAGGUCUCUCUGAUGGUCUGGUCCUUAUCUACAAGGGAUUGUCAGAUGUUUAUCAGCCUCGUUUCCACUCCUUUCAUAAAGGUGAAAGAGUGUCCAUGUAGAAGACAGAUCCUUCACACGUGUGUGAUUCUGUGCAGUCCUCAGGGUCCCGCUGAGCCUUGGCGGUGGGGCUGACUCCCGAACACGUGCCCUUCGGUUUCUAAAUGAUGCCUCAUGAGUCUCCGUCACGACUGUUCAGGUUAGGCUGAUGACUUCCAUGGGUAUAAAUCCUCACGGUUGUGUUUUAACCGUCUUCCCGGGCCUGCUCAUGUGCGUCUCAGGCAGCCCGGUUCCCCGGGACCUGCAGGCGGGGACGUGAGUGAGCUGAGGGGCUGUUUGUCCGAAGAGCUCCCCUGGUGUCACAGCUCAACCCAGCUGCACUGCUGCCACCUCGGCCAAAGCUCAGGGCAGCCCCCGGGGCUUCGGCACAGAGUGUUACCCAAGCCGUCUCAUUUCUCAGGGGAGGCCAGUGGGGCUGCACAGGAUUCACCCCCCUCAGCAAGAGGGGGCAGCUCAUGGAGGCCCUGGUCCUGGCCACGUGUCUCCUGACCGGAAGCAGUGAGGGUGACCCUUCGUGACACCUGGGCAUCACGAUGCCUUGUACGUUUGGCUUGUUUCUGCCUCACACACUGAGGGAAGAUGGCGCGCUUGUGAGGUAAACGGAGGAGAUUGUAUUUGCAGGGUGUUUUUAGAAGCCAGCUGGAUUGACCCCUCCCGCUUACCCACCAGAUGUCAACAGAGACGCAGUCUGUGACUCCACAGUAACCCGCUUCCUGGGGCGCGACGCGGGCGGCUGCAUGGUGCCGGGUCCAGCUCUCAGUCCCCAGAGGCAGCGGGACAGAGGAGUCCCAGAGCUGGUUUAGUGGUUCUGAUGAGUGCGAUUUCGGAUCUCAGAGCAGCUCACGGCGAUUUCUUACAUUUCUGUAUCCAAGAUGUGUCUAAGUGUUUAAAAUAAUGUGUAUGCACAAUGCCAUUUUAAAAUAUGAAAGAGAAAACGAUGUCCACAGAAAGUGUGUGGGGUUCCCUGGUUCGGUACUUAGUAAAAACAUGGUUUUGUUGUGACACUUGCGGGGUCUUCGUCUCUUCUCACCACUGCCUUUGAGAGCGACGGUUGGAAGCCUCGGCCACCGUUCUGGAGAUGGCCUUCCUCACGGAAAAUGUGGCCGUUGCUCACGUUAUGGCGUGCUAGGUGCUUCACUAGAAUGACGGCUUUCUCUCUCUAUCCCAAGGGCCUCCGAGCCCUGGGCAGCACCAAGAGAAGCCUGUCUUGAGCCUGCCCGUGUGACAGGCCUUUACACUCACAGUCACCGUGAAUGGCCCCAGCACGGCUGGGGUCACAGCGUGCAUGGUGGUGGGCACUCUUCUCAUCACUGUCUUACACAUGAGAAAGCUGAUGGCCUUGCCCAGGGUCACAGCUGGAAUGAGGGACAGUCAGGCUUCCGACCCGACGGUUCUUGCCAGUGGCCAUACUUCUGACUUGUACUCAGUACCUCUUCUCCUACGUGCCCAACGUGGAAGGUGAGAAAUUGAAACCCCGGAGAGGCCCUGUCAUCUGUGCCCCUGUCCUCCUGGGUCCCUUGAACCAUUCCGUGCAAUUCCAUACUCUUAACUUCGUGAGGCAGUUCUCAACCGCUAUCACUUCAUUUGCUAAAUUCACAAGAGCAGGACCCAGGCGUGAGGCCCAGGUCCCCCAAACGUGUUUACAGACUGUCUUUACUCCUUCCCAGUCUCUUUGCUAAGCUUCAAGGGCCCCUUCCUCUCAGGUCUCUGUUUUUCCACAUCCUGUGUUCUGGAGGAGAGCCAGGUGUCCAUUCCAACCAGACGGUCACCCCCAGCGCCUGUCAGCCUUCUGUCAAACUGGCCGGUGACCCGGAAGGCCGUGCUGCGUCAUCGCUUCUCCUGAUCAGAGGAAGGCCGCAGGCUCCUCCACGGCCCCUGCUCCCUGGGGUUGGGUCGCUGGGUGACGGAGGCUAUGACGCGUCCAGUCGGCCUCACAACGCGCCCCUGCCCCCAUUUCCGUCUCCAGUUUGCUCAAGUGCUCCACCCAGCAUGCCAGGCCUUGUGCUCGGUGCUGAGAGGGACGGCGACAGCCACCCUCCUGCAGCUCGCCCGGCCCCGCGACGGACGCCUGCGGAAGGGCACAGCCCCGCUCAGGCUCAGGGCCGGCCCGCCUGUGUCAGGACCUCGGACAGCUCCUCCGCAGCGCGGGCGGGGCGGCGGGCCUCCGGGCGUGCACUUCUGCUAAUGGCAGGAGGGCACCGCGGCGAAGUGUGACCGGUUCAGCCUUGUGGCGCCGUGACCUCUGGCGUGAGGCUGCGGCUGGCCCCAGUCGUCAGGGAGCCUGUGGAGUGGGCAUCCAGCGCAGAGGCUGGAGCAGCCUGUGUGAAUUUGGAUCAGCUGUUUCCUACAGAGUCUCUCUCUGUAAUCAGGGCCUUAUUUGGACUAACCAACCUUAUUUGGUUAGUGGGAGAAUUAAAACGGAAUAACAAACGGAGAAAGCAUCUAGCAUGCGGAAGUGCUCUGUGAUGGGGGACUUGAAGGUGUGCAUGUAGUGCUUGUGUGUGAAGAAACGGGCUCACUCUCCUGAGUAAUGAAAUGAAAACCCAGGUCUGUCCAGCUCCAAGAUCCCAAGCCACGCCACCAUCGCGCACCACUGCUCUGCCUAGCAUCCCCGAGCUUUCGGCCAUCGUGGGCGUGGGCGUGUGUGUGCCCAGCCGCACCAGGGUCCUUCAAGGGGAAGAGUCUGCCAUAGGGGCAAGGAGGAACCAAGCCACAGUUUCAGGCUUACACAAAAUCUAGAAGUUCAGAGAGGCUGGGUUCUCCGUCCUCCAGCCUGUUCUUUGUUUAAUGCCCCUGGAGGUCUUCCCGCUUCUGUACCAGGUAGAUCCUUGUGGCUUUCAUAAGAUCAUCAUCAGAUGCAGUGCUGGUCACAUGUUAACAGGGACCUUACGCCCUCUUUAAAGUAUUGUUCAUGAGAGAAUAAAGCAUGUAGCAAGCAGCAUAAUCACAUACCCACCCACAAUCAUACAAAUGUCUCCCACGGUCCCAAGAACUGAGGAAGCCAGCUUUUCAACCAUUUCGUCAGAGAGGCCACAGGGAAGUUAUCCAGCGCUUUAUGCUUGGCUGCUGGGAACUAAAAGGGGGGUAAUGAACAGGACGGUGCUGCCUCCAGAGGCUCUCCGGUAGCAAGAAGGACCAUGCUCCCUGCAGCUGAACUGAAAGUCCUGAGAACUUGCCUGCCUGAAGGGUGUCAUUGUUCUGCCCUGACACUUGAAUCAGAGAUUGUUUAGAGAAUUCUGCACUGGAAGCCACUUUCCUCCUGAAAUUUCGAGGCAGCAUACUGACAUCUAGCUUCCAGUGUUACCUCCGAGAACCUCAGAGCCACAGUGAUUCUUGUUUCCUUGUGCUCAGAUGUUGUGUUUUGAUUGUGAGCACUUUGCAAAUUGUACAGUUUUUUCUCUGUCACGAUGAUGAGCCUAGUCCUGGUUUUUUUUUUUAACAUCUUUAUUGGAGUAUAUUGCUUUACAAUGGUGUGUUAGUUUCUGCUUUAUAACAAAGUGAAUCAGCUGUACGUAUACAUAUAUCCCCAUAUCUCCUCCCUCUCUCGUCUCCCUCCCACCCUCCCUAUCCCACCCCUCUAGGUGGUCACAAAGCACCGAGCUGAUCUCCCUGUGCUAUGCGGCUGCUUCCCACUAGCUAUCUAUUUUACAUUUGAUAGUGUAUAUAUGUCCAUGCCACUCUCUGGCUUCGUCCCAGCUUACCCUUCCCCCUCCCCGUGUCCUCAAGUCCAUUCUCUAUGUCUGCAUCUUUAUUCCUGUCCUGCCCCUAGGUUCUUCAGAACUUUUUGGUUUUUUCUUAGAUUCCAUAUAUAUAUGUUAGUAUACGGUAUUUGUUUUUCUCUUUCUGACUUACUUCACUCUGUAUGACAGGCUCUAGGUCCAUCCACCUCACCACCAAUAACUCAAUUUCGUUUCUUUUUAUGGCUGAGUAAGAUUCCACUGUAUAUAUGUGCCACAUCUUCUUUAUCCAUUCAUCUGUCGACGUAGUCCUGGGUCCUUGGUAGGCCCUUCCAAUCUGGGAACUUGUGUGUUUCAAUUGUAGGAAAUUUUCUUGAAUUAUUUCUUAAUGUUUUUUUCCCUUCCACCUUUUUGCUUUCCUUUCCAAGAGAUUUCAACUUUAUUUUCGAAUCCUUCCAUUGUGUGUUUAGUUCCAGGAGUUUUUCUUGUUCUCAGGGUCUCUUUUGUGUAUAUCCUCUUCUUGUUGCAAUAUUUUAUCUCUUUGAGGAUGUUAAUUUAUUCAACACAUAGUCAUGAAGGGCUUAUUCAAUGCCACACAUUAUUCUGGGCACUUGGAAUCCAUCAGUGAUCAAAACAGUCAAAAAGUUUUAUCUUGUAGAGUUUGUGUAGCAGCGAGAGACAAGCAAUAAGGCUAAAUAGACAAAUGUUCUCCUAUGUUAUAAGGUAAUAAAUAAUAUGGAAAAAAGAUAGAAUAAAACAAAAUAAGAGGGACUGAUGGUGGAGAGAACACAAAUUACUGUUUUAAACAGGAUGGUCAGAGUAAGACUAGAGACGGUGACAUUUGAGCCAAGACUUGAAGAAAUUGAAGGAGUUGGCCAGAUGAGUAUCUGUGGAAAGAGCACCUGACAAAGGCCGUGCCCUGUUCAAGAGUGGAGUGAAUGACCACACGGGGGAGGGGGCGGGGAGGAAGGAAGGCCCGGGCCUGGAAGGCCAUUCGGAGGAGUUUGGCUUUUGCUCUGGGUGAAGUACAGAGCCACUGGAGGGUUUGAGCAAAGGAAGGACGUUAUCUGAUUUAUGCGUCGAAGGGGACAUCCUGAGAGAAUGCCUGGUGGACGUAGGGAAACCAGAAGGCUGGUCCAGGAGAGAAAUGAUGUGGGCUUGGCGAGAAUGGUCGGCCUCUUGCUGUGUCCUAGAGCCAGUAGGAUUCCUGACGGCCAGUGCAGAGCACGAGAGAGCAGAGUUAGCCUUGGAAGGGGCGUCGCCAGCAGCUGAGAUGUGGAAGAGGCCACUCGGGGCUCAGGGCAUGUGGAGUCUGAGGUGACCGGGACGGCUGGAGUUUGGAGAGAAAUCUGGGAGGGAACUGACACUUUGGAGUCAUUUGCAUGUUGAUUAUUUACAGCUAUGAGCUGAGAGAGCUCACCCAGAAAGUGAGGGGAAAGGGAAUAGGGAAGGAAGGAGCUAAGGCAGAGCCUUGGCCACGUAACACCAAGAAUCGGGAGGAGUUUGCUCCAGCAAAGGAGGAUGAGAAGAAGACCUCUACCUCAUUGGGUAGAGGUCUGUUUUCCUGGAGGCCAGUGAGGAAAUUUUACGUGUGCAGAGGAGUGACCAGCUGUUUCAGCCGAUCCUGAUAAGUGAGAGAAAUGCUAGGAGUUGGCCAUUGCAUCCAGCAGCCUGGAGGUCCUUGGUGAAUUGGUGAGCAGAACAGACAACGCUAAAAGGAGUUUGGUUGCAAAAGAGAGGAAAGAAAUGGGGCCAUAGUUGGUAAGAGAAAUAAGAUCAAGAAAAAACUUUUUUUUUUUUUUAAAUAGCAUGUUUGUAAACCAAUGUGAUCCAAUGGGAGCUUUUAAAAAACAUGAUGUAGGGACUUCCCUGGUGGCUCAGUGGUUAAGAAUCUGCCAGCCAAUGCAGGGGACACAGGUUCAAUCCCUGGUCCGGGAAGAUCCCACAUGCUGCAGUGCAACUAAGCCCGUGUGCCACAACUACUUAGCCUGCACUCUACAGCCCGUGAGCCACAACUACUGAGCCCGCAUGCUGCAACCACUGAAACCUCUGUGCUCUAGGGCCUGUGCUCUGCAACAAGAGAGGCCACCGCAAUGAGAAGCCCGCGCCCUGCAACAAUGAGCAGCCCCCGCUCGCUGCAAUCAGAGAAAAGCCCGCACGCAGCAAUGAAGACCCAACGCAGCCAAAAAUAAAUUACUAUUAUAAUAAUGUGCUGCAUAAUCACAAUACCAGUGUCACACCUGAGAAAACUAACAAUGAUUCUGUAAUAUUACGCUGCAUCCAGGCCAUGUCCGGUGCCCCGACCGAGUCAGGAGUGCUUUAAGUCUGUAUUGUUGUUUUCCGUCGGGAUCCAAUCUAGGUUCCUGCUUUAUAUUUUGUUAAUCUUUUCAUAACCUAGGACACUCGCCUGCUUUUUUGUUUUGUUUUUAACGACAUCAACUUUCUGAAGACACCAGGACUGUUGUCUCAUAAAUCUCCCCCGUGAGUUUGUCUGAUUCUUUCCCCACGGAAACUGGUCCUGCCGUCUCCCACUUCCUGCAACUCGGAGGUUCAGUUUGGACUCUGGAGCUACACUGUCCAAUAUGGUAACCACUAGCCACCGGUGAGUAUCUGAAUGUAAAUUAGUUUCAUGAAGAUUAAGUUAAAUUUUAAAAUCCAGUUCCUGCAUCUCCCUAGCCUCAUUUCUUUUUUUUUUUUUUAACAUCUUUGUUGGACUAUAAUUGCUUUACAAUGUUGUGUUAGUUUUCUGCUGUAUAACAAGGUGAAUCAACUAUAUGUAUCCUAGCCUCAUUUCAACUGCCCAAUAUCCACAUUUAGCCCGUGGCUACUGUACUGGGCAGUGCAAGUAUUUCCAUCAUCAUAAAAAUUUCUGUCGGAUAACGCUGCUCCAGAUGUGGUUAUAUCCUGGUUGGACAUUUUUGGCAAGACUUUCUUAGGUGGUAUUUUGUACUCAGUACUGCAUCACAUGCAGAGGCCUGGUUAGGAGUCCCAGGGUGUCCUGAGGGACUUGUAAACUGCACUAGGAAUAUCACACGCCCGCCACAUCCUUCUCUGGUCGUCGGUCGGGAUGCUACAUCCUGUGAUGGAAAGAUUUCUAGGGAAAAGAAAAUAAAAUCAAAGAAUAUUAGAGCUGAGAGGGAAGUUUGAUUAUUUUAUAAGCAGCUGAGGAAACUGAGGCCCAUAGAGGUUCAAGACUUGCCCAAGGUCACUGAUACUAGUUGGAAGCAGAGAAUCACCUUCGACAAGCAUCUUCGUACUCCUGGCCAUGCAUAUAUCAGAGUCGAAAAUACCCUGUGGCAACUGAGAUCACACUACUAAAAAUAAUCAUAAAAUAUUUAUCAGUGUCAGGUACUGUAUUUAGUCCUUAAAAAAAUUACUUCACAUGAUUCUCACAACCACCCCACAAGGAAGGUUACUACAGAAAAUCUCUGAUUAACAGGAAUUUAUUUUUUCAGGUAAUAAGAAACCUAGAAUUGGUUCAACCCUAUGAAAGCUGGUAUCUCUGUGAUCAUCUUGGCCUUUCCGUCAUGGUCACAAGGUAGCUGCUGCAGCUCCAGAUAUCACAUCAGUGUUGAAAGCAGGGUGAACCUGCAUGUGGCAGUGCCAGCAACUCCAGUCUCAUUUAUGACAAAAGUGAAAUCUUUCCCAGAGGCCCAGAGGAGACUUCUGUAGUAUCUAUCAUUGGCCAAGACUGUGCCCGUUGCAAAGAAAAUGUGUGGCUCUUCUGGCUUCUACAGAAGAAACAGGGAAGGGAAUGGGGGUUGGAUUAAACCAAACAACAUGGAGGUGUUCCUGUCCUCACGGUUCAGUUGAGGAAGCUGAUGCUCAGAGUGCAGAAUCCCUCACCGGGGGCUAACCAGUGAGUUUCAGCGGCAGAGAUGCUUUGACUCCAGAGCCCAUGAUGAGUACAGUGUGCUCACUGAAGAAUGAAAAUGAGGACUCAGGUUGCCAGGUCUGGGCUGGUUCAAACACUUCAAGAGGUAGGAUGUGUGUGUCCUCAAAGAACAGGGGAGAGGCUGCCCCAGACCGUGACUCUGCCACCCGAAUAAUAAACUGAGGAAGGACAUUCAGGAGAAGAGUGCCAGAGGUAUUUGGGGGUGGACGGCUUAGAGAAGUUUUCCUUACUCCACUCGUAAUAUAUAUUUAAAGCUACAUUUCAUGUAUCUAUAUACUUAAUGCUAUAUAUAUUCAGUGCUACGUUUCUAUAUCAUAAAUAUUUCAUAAAUAUAGUUAUUUAAUAUAUGCUAUAUUUCAUGUCUUCUCCCCAACCUUCUCUUUUCCAUGAGAGCUUAGUCUUGCCAGCCUUGGUCUUGCCAACCACACACCUUUCGAGAAGGUGCUUCUCACAGUUGGUAAGAGAUUCAUGUAGUAAAUGAUACAAAUUGAACAAAAAUGGGGCUUCCGGCCCCUCCUCAAGUCGGUAGCUAUGCAUGGACCGUGGCUCAUACGCAGUGCCUGCCAAGCCUGGUGGGACACGUCAGUACAAUCUUCCUAAUGGGAAUAUUUGCCGAAAGCCGGAAGAAAGGUACAGAUGCUUCGAGCCAGCAAUUUAAGUCUAAGGUUUUUUUUUUGUUGUUUUUUUUUUGUGGUACGCGGGCCUCUCACUGUUGUGGCCUCUCCCUUUGCGGAGCACAGGCUCCGGACGCGCAGGCUCAGCCGCUCCGUGGCAUAUGGGAUCUUCCCAGACCGGGGCACGAACCCGUGUCCCCUGCAUCGGCAGGCGGACUCUCAACCACUGCACCACCAGGGAAACCCAAGUCUAAGGUUUUAUUCUGAGGAAAUAAAUGUGGAUGAACCUUUAAAAUGGUCACAAGCUCGCUCAGCACAGCAUUGUCCAUAAUAGGGAAAAAUUAGCAACAAUUUUUGCAAAAAAAGCAAGUUGGAGAAAUACAUUAAUACCGAAAAGUGAAACAAAACAUAUAUGUGGUAAAAUUAGGAAGAAAAGCAGGGGGUGGUAAACGUAAAGUGCAGGCGGUGGUAGGCGGCGCAGUGGAGCAGCUGCGCGGGGCGCCUCCGUCCUGUGUCCUGAGUGGCUUGCGUGUUCACGUGAGUACAUCUGCUCUGCAGCAUCCGCGGUUAUGCCAGCAAACUGAGAGGCGUCCCAAGAAAGCCUGGUUUUCCACGGCAGCCACCGUCCUGGGGGUUUGUAGGCGAUCUCGGCCCGCACAGUCAUCCGGGACUAGGCGUCCACGGCCCGGGGGGUCCGGGCUGGCGCGGGAGGGAGCGCCUCGGGGCCCGGCGGGAGUUCAGGGCGACUCGGGUCCCCUGCGUCCUCACCCACCACCGGCCCGGCCCCUCGCCGCUCGCUCCCGAGCAUCCGGCCGGCAUCCACCAUACGCCUUAGGCAAAAGUUACGCUCAUUAUUCUGGGUGUGUAGAAUACUUUGCUGUUUAAAAAUGAAAAACAAAAUGGAGCGACCCCAAAAUUAGAUCGGAGUGUGUGGGUUAAAUCACCUGCGGCGCAGCCGUGUGGUGGGGCGCUGUUUAAUCGUUGCAGGGAAGAAGCAGGAGACUAUUUAAAUGCCAGGAAAAAUGCUAGCGGAAAGCGGGCUGCGAAGGAUCCCGCGGUGCACCUGUGUCGUCAGAACGAGGGACCUAGAAAGCGACGGAAACACGCCCAGCUGCAGUCUCGGGAUGCUGGGGUCGCAGGUGUGACUGACAUACAGAAAGGUGAACAUAUGUAACGUCUACAACUUGAUGAGUUUCGAAAUACAUAUACACCGUGAAGCCGUCACCACAGUAUAUGCCAUAAACCUGUCCAUCACCUCCAAGCAUUUCCUGCUGCCCUCUGAAUUUGUGAUGACACAACAUAAGACCUCCACUCAGCAAAGGCCAUAUUCCGUGGCAGAGAACAUGCUUACAGAGAACAUGUAAACUGAAAGGAGGAGAGACAAGGACAGAGGGCUUGGCUGACCUGGAGUGGGGUUCGGGGGCUGCCUGGUGUAGGACACGUUGAACGCCGGCUCCUCGAUCAGCGGCGGGGGGUACAUGCGCCUCCGGAUGAAGAAGCCGGCUCCACAGCAGAAGAGCACGCCCAUCAUCAGGAGGAACC